GUCAGCUGUGUUCAUGAAGGGGGUAGUUAUUUCUUUAUUUUUUAACAAGCCUGAAUUAAAAUGAGUGAUUUACUUAAAUCCGCUUUUGAGUACUUUAGUGCACCGACUAAUGGACAAAUUGACAAUGCAUUUGUGGGUCAAAUUGUAGAAAUAUCUAACGUUAGACUAAAGAUUAAAAAAGUUAUUGCCGAAGGCGGUUUUGCUGUCGUAUUUGUCGCACAAGAUGUUUCCACAGGGAAGGAUUAUGCUUUAAAAAGACUUUUAGCAGCUGAUGAAGAAGCUAGGAAUAUUAUAGUUAAUGAAAUUAAUAUUUUAAAAAAAGUUGCUGGACAUCCAAAUAUCAUCCAAUACUUAUCAGCUUCCUUUAUAGAUAAGUCACAGACAACACAUGGACAGUCAGAAUUUUUGGUGGUCACAGAAUUGUGUCCUGGUGGUUCUCUGGUGGAUGUACUCCAACCAAGAACUGCUCCAUUUGAUGCUGAAACGAUAGCAAAGAUUUUUUACCAAACAUGUAGAGCAGUCUCCCAUCUACAUUCGCAAGUUCCGCCCAUUGUGCAUCGAGAUUUAAAGAUAGAAAACUUAUUGAUAAGCUCGGAUGGAAUGAUCAAAUUGUGCGACUUUGGCUCUGCAACGGUAGAAAUUUUCAGGCCCAAUUUGAGUUGGUCAGCUAACCAACAUUCUUGCUUAGAAGAAAAUAUGGCCAGGUUCACCACCCCGAUGUACCGUGCACCGGAAAUGGUUGACACAUGGAGUAACCACUAUAUAGGACCUCCAGUUGAUAUUUGGGCAUUGGGAUGCAUAUUAUAUACUCUAUGUUAUAUGAAGCAUCCAUUUGAUGACAGUGCCAAACUAAGAAUAAUUAAUGCAAACUAUACUCUGCCCCCUGAUCCUAGAUAUGCAUGUUUCCAUAAUGUUUUAAAGGGAUGCUUCCAAGCCAACCCCGAACAUCGUAUAACUAUUACUGGCAUAUUGGAACGCCUUGCCGCAAUUGGAGAAUCGCUAGGUUACAAUUUGAAAGCUUCACUACCAUUCAAAGCUAGUCACAAUGUUGGCGAUUUUGGUAACGGGGAUUGCUUGCUAGAUAGUGGAGUAAAUAAUAAACCGCCACCCAGACCUCAACAACCAAGUUCUAGUCCCGCACAUGUUAAUGGAAGAAGUGAAAGAACUGCCCAAGCUACGGUUCCACAAAGGCCGGCACAACUGCCACAAAAACCCGCUCAUCCGCCACAACGUCCACAAAUUCCUCCUCCGCAACAGCCCGAACCAAAACAGGGUGGUCUGUUUUCGUCAAUUAGGGGCGGCGCCGGCAGUUUUUUGAAGAAUCUUAAAGACACCAGUACCAAAGUAAUGGCUACAAUGCAACAGAGUAUGGGCAGAACAGACUUGGACAUACACUAUAUAACAUCUAGAAUAAUGGUAAUGCCCUAUCCGUCUGAAGGAUUUGAAACCACUUACAGAAUUAAUCACAUUGAGGAUGUCAAACUAUUUUUGGACUCGAGGCAUCCUAAUUUUAGAUAUUCUAUAUAUAACUUAUCAAACAAACCUUUCCAAUCAAAAUUUGGCCAAGCCAGGGUUGUAGAUUGUUCGUUCGCCUACCCCGAUCAUUUUAAUGCCCCCCUACUCAACUCCAUGUACCAGCUUUGCGAAGAUAUCUACCAAUAUUUGGCAGGGGAUAGUCGGAAUGCGGUGGUAUUGAAUUGUUCUGACGGGAAGGCCACUUCGGCUACCAUGGUGUGCGCUCUGUUGAUCUACGCAGGUCUCUAUGAAGUUCCUGAGGAUGCUUUGCAGAUGUUUGCUGUGAAACGAUGCCCUCCGAAUAUGAGAGCGUCAGAACUCAGAUAUCUGUAUUACCUUUCCGAUAUAGUCAGAGAGCCAUCUUCGUAUCCCCACUACUGCCCGGUAACGUUGGUCUCCCUUCAGAUGCAACCCGUACCUCUUUUUACCAAAGUGCGAGACGGCUGCAGACCGUACCUCGAAGUGUACAGUGAGAACCGUUGCAUCUUGUCGACCAUACAAGAAUACGAGAGAAUGAGACUGUACAACAUAGCGGAAGGCAAAUGCCUCCUACCAAUCAACACCACCGUGUGCGGCGACGUUUGCAUCAUAGUGUACCACGCGAGAAAUAUCCUCGGAGGCGUGAUGACCCAGGGCAAAGCCACCGGUAUCAAAGUUUGCCAAAUACAGCUACAUACAGGGUACAUACCCGAAGAGGAGACUUGCCUCAGAUUUACUAGGUCGGAUCUGGACGACCUAUCGGAAGGCCAGGAUCAUUACCAACAAAACUUCAAUGUGGCCUUGAACGUUUUCGUUUCGGACGUCGAGAAAAGGCCUUCCCAGCCUGCUCCCUGGCAAACGGACAAGAACGUCAGAGUUAUGGAUACGGUCUUCACGUCUCAACUCGAAAAGGAGGAAACCGUAGAUAAUUUCGUCAGUAAAAGACCGGCCAUACAAAAGCCUUCACGGCCCGAAAGACCGUCGAGGCCGGCGCCACCGUCGCCCUGUCCGGCACGCGUCGCUAUCGAAAAAAUCGAUACGCCGAGCGAUUCGGAAACGGAGGAGGAGGCAAAAGAACCAACAGUCGUCGAAGAAACGGUCGUGGACCUUUUAAAUUUGAACUCUUCAUCGACGAGUCGGAAUGACCUCGUUAGACCUUCGCCCAGCUCGAAUUUCGACCUGCUUAGCGGAUUGGGCGGGGACUCGAUCGGUAACGACGUGUUUUCGGCAUUCGGUUCAUCGUCUGCUAGUCAAAAGCCGGCCUCUGAGAAUGUGUUCGAUCCGUUCGGCUCUGUAGGGGACGGGGGCGAUAACAAUCUCCUCGGUGAUUGGAGUAGUUUCGGAAACUCUGGAAAUUCUCGUGAGAAACCCAAGGUGCAACCGGAAAGUCAGCAGAAGAAAGACUUUUUUGCGGAUUUUGGUAACUUAGACGAAUUAAACUUAGCGGGCAGUCAGCAAAAGCUUCCUCAGCCGUCGGUAACGCCUACUAGCGGCAGUCGGACACCCGUCGAGCCAGCUACGACGCCCCAGACCAGUCAGUCGACCACGCCUCAGCAUCACGCAAAAUCGCCAUCCGGGCCAGACUAUAGCAGAACUCAUUUCGAUCCGCUGAACAAAACCGGCGCCCAAAAAGAAAACGCGAAAACUAAAAAACCCGACGACGUGUUCGGCGAUCUGCUCGGAUCGCAAGGGUAUACGUUCACGCCCAAAAAGGACAACAUGCCGAGAUCCAUAAAUGAAAUGAGGAAGGAGGAGAUGGCCACCUACAUGGAUCCCGAAACGUUGAAAGUUGUGGAGUGGAAAGAGGGUAAAAAGAACAACAUCAGGGCGCUGCUUUGUUCAAUGCACACGAUUUUAUGGGACGGAGCCAAAUGGAACAAGUGCGAGAUGCACCAGUUAGUGUCAGCUGGUGACGUUAAAAAGGCCUACAGGCGAGCGUGUCUGGCCGUUCAUCCAGAUAAGCAAGCCGGAACGACGAACGAAAACCUCGCAAAGCUGAUAUUCAUGGAACUGAACAACGCUUGGAGUGAUUUCGAGAGCGACUCGUCGCAGCAAAACGUAUUCACUAGUUAAAAAAUUGCCGCUAAACGUUUUUUGGAAUUUCGUAGGGCAUUCCGUUUUACUUAAAUUAAAUGAGAUUAAGAAGAGUAUAUAUAUGUAUAAAUAUCGAAAAGGUAUGAUUUUUUAGGGGUUUGUCGUUUGGUUUUGUAAUGCACAUGAGGCUGUGUCCAGAUGUCUGCCGGGAAAAUGUAUUGCUCGGGGGUACGUACUUAAGUAUCGCAUUUUGCUGGAAUUCACAAAUCAUUGUGGAUAGUUACUUAAGUUUUAAGCAAAGUUUGAGUAGAAACUCGAUGGAGCAUAUUAAAAAUCAUCACCUUUUUAUGUGUAUGAAGGAGUGAUAAAAGUAGAUGUUUUUCGUACAGCAAUUUUAUCAUCAUUGAUUAGUUCCUUUUUACAGAAAUUUAAUGAUAUUAUUUUAUAUUUAUGUACUUGGUAUGGACCGGGAAUGGAAAACAAAAUCUGAUAGUUUCAGCUGCUUUUUGAUAGACUUGGAAUUGAUUCUUAACGAUAGUAACAUUUGACGGCGAAGUAAACACCCAUCAAUUGCGUCAUACUUUAAAGUAAGUUGUUGUUUUUCAUUCUUUACAGAACAACCACAAGUAAAAUAUUUGAACUUAUUUAAUAUAGUUUUUAUAAUUGUUAUUAUAAAGUGUCAGACAAUAUAUUUGUUUUAUGUAAUGUUCAGGAAUAUUUAUUUUAUGUUGCGCCGUGAGAACACGUGAAUUUUAUUGUAAUUUACCAUAUUUGAAGUAAAUGUUAUACAUCAAGCAAAUGUUAAUUUA